AUGAAGAUUGUUUCUCUCAAUUUGAGGGGGUGGGGCAAUUCGGCGAAACGGCGUCGAUUGAGCUCUUUAAUCAAAUCAGGUGCGUUCGAUAUGUGUUUACUUCAAGAAACUAAGAGAACUUCUUUUUCUGAUUCUAUGAUUCAUAGUUUAUGGGGGCAUAAAGAGGUGGAUUGGUUAGCCAAAGAAUCUGUUGGUCUUUCUGGAGGUCUGUUGUUAGUUUGGAAUAAAGAUUUAUUUUCAUUUCGAUUUAGCUUUUCUGGUAUUGGUUUCCUGGGUAUCUGUGUGGAAUGGAAAGACGGCUUGUUAUACAUCGUCAAUAUUUAUUCUCCAUGCUCGAUGGCUGGGAAAAGAAAAUUAUGGAAGGACUUAAUUGAUUUUAAAUCGAAUCAUGAUACCGGUGAAUGGUGUUUAGGGGGUGACUUUAAUGCUAUUAUGAGUAGUGACGAAAGAAGAGGUAGUGGUAGUAAUGUUAGAAAGUCAGAGAGGGCAGAAUUUUCAUCUUUCUUGGAAGCUAUGGAAGUGAUUUAUGUUCCUGUAUUAGGAAAAAAAUUUACAUGGUUUAGUUUUGACAAUUCGGCUAUGAGUCGUUUGGACCGUUUUCUUUUAUCCGAUGGUUUUAUUCAAAAGGGUGGAAUCUCUAAUCAGUGGGUUGGUAAUCGUGAUAUCUCUGAUCAUUGCCCAAUUUGGUUAUAG